AUGAAGAUAGAAUCAGAAAUGAUAGCCUACGCAAAUGACACGGUAAUAAUAACGUCAGGAAAUGACUGGAAGGAGGUUUAUAGAAAAGCGAACACGGAUAUGGCAAAAAUAAAGAGAUGGCUAGAAAAUCACAAACUAACCCUGAAUGGGACCAAAACUAAGUGUAUGCCGUAUAAAAUCAAUAAAAUCAAAGAUCCUGAAGACAGUCAAUUCCUAAAUCUGAAAAUACACACCUGCGGAAAAUACGAACCAGGAUGCGGCUGUGAAGAAAUAGAAAUGAAGGAACACAUCAAAUACCUGGGUAUCACGAUCGAUGAAAAAAUGAAGUGGACUGAACACAUAAAACAGACAGCAGCCAGACUACGACAAACAAUUCACACGCUGCUCAAUAUCAGAUCCAUUGUAACACAGGACACGAUGAGGAAAAUCUAUCAUGCUCUAGUACACUCCAUUAUCGAAUAUGGAAUAAUAACAUGGGGAAAUGCAUACCAAAAAAAUUUGAGACCACUGGAAAUAAUACAAAAGAUGAUCCUACGAAUAGCCUUUUGGAAACCUCGGUAUUACCCUAGUAAUAUGCUGUUUGCCACCACAAAAAUACCAGACGUACGCCAGGCAUACAUGAAGAACUAG